AUGGCGACCAGCGAUGGUUUUCCGCUUUUUGUGUUGGUUUUUCUCAGCAUAUUUUAUAGCACUGUUUCAAUCUUGUCAAUCGUUGGCAACAUAUGGGUUAUAAAAACCUGCUACACGACCCUGAAAAGAAGAUAUUUUCCUGUGAUGUGGCUCUUGGCAAAUUUAGCGUCUGCAGAUCUCUUAUUUAUUUUUCUAACGUUUUUUAAUAUUAUCAGCUUUUUUUGGCGUUGGGUUGGUGGCGACGUCACCUGUAAACUUCACGGAUUUCUUGUGGAGGCAACCUACACCGUUUCGAUCACAACACUUGCAGUGAUAACGUAUCAGAGGUUGAAGGCUAUUAUUGAUCCAUUUAAUUCAAGAGUUGGUAGUUGGCCACGAAGAGAAUUUUUGAAAAUUAUCAUAAUUUGGUUUCUAUGCUUGGCGGUUUGCACACCCUUGGCUACAAUAUACCGCGUCGAAAUACAAAGUGGCGAUGUGGUUUGUGUUAAUACGACAUGGGGAAAUGAUGGCCGACAAAUCUAUUACAGUUUGCAUGCAACAUUAUUCUUCAUUGCCCCCCUGGCGUAUAUGAUUUUCACUCAGACUCAGAUUAAACGCGCUCUUCGUUCAAGAGUUGAGGUGAUAAGCAACUCAUUUAUUGAGAAAUCAAAUCGAAGAAACAAAAAAAUUGCAAAGACUCUUGCUGCCUUAACUAUAGCUUUUGUUGCUUGCUGGUCUCCCUUCAUGAUCACGCGAACAUUAAUUUACUUUCAUUUGGCUUCCCCGGGUCUCGUUUGGAGAGCAUCCCAACUUCUGAUAUGCCUAAAUGCUGCACUGGAUCCCUUGUUAUAUGGGUAUUUUGGCGGUAACCUCAAGUCUGGAUUACGGCGUCUGCUGAAUUGCAAUUACAUGCAACGACGUGACUCUAAUCUGACCAGUCUGACUAUUUUUCGAACAAACGCUUUAAUAGACGAGGAAGAAAAUAAGCGGGGAGUUCCGAGUUAAUUUGUUGCUAAAGAAAUGGCUUUGAAGGGAAAUAUAAUUAUACCGACGAUUUUCCGGGAAAAAAAGACAUGACUAUGAAUUGGAGCAGGUCUUUUACAUCCGACGCAACUGACAAAUAUUGCAAAUAGGAAUAUAUCUGUUGUUCUUUGUACUGUUAUUGACAUACUGCAUUCGUUAUCGUUGAUUUCAUUGUGGUUUCUUUUCAAUUUAUUACUUGAAGAUAGGCUCUAAACACGCGUCCAAAAAAAUAUAUAUUAAAAACUUAGCAAGGGAGUUUAGAUUAGAAGAUAAGCUACAACACGUCACAAAAAGCUUUUUUCUGUGUUUUUAUUCAAAAUUCAUAAAUUAAUGUUUAACGAAAUGAUUUAUUUAAGGACAACGUUUGAAAUAUCUGCCGUGUAGGUUGGGACCAUUGAUGGCAAUAGUAGUUGAUAAAUUAUUCAUAUAGUCGUUCAUCAGACUAAAACACCAGUUCCUACUUCAUGCCUCUUUAAUAUGACAAUUUUUAAGCGGAAAGAGUUUAGGGAAACAGUCAACAAGGCUUUAAAAAUGAAUGCUAAUAACCUGCCUACUUGUCCGGAUUUAUCACAAUUAGAGGAGAUAUAGGUGGGAAGAUAAUGUGCGGCCGAAAUUGGCAGAUGGAACGAACAAAGUUUGUAUUGACACAGAGAAACAAUGACACUUUCUCUGGAGACACACAAAACAAGGGCAAAAAUCCUUCGUUACAAGAAAAAAAGCACCAAUAUUUAGACCGAUAUUUUAAAAGUGUUAAGUGAAGCCCAUUUUUUCUGAACGAAAAAAAAAAGAAGAAGAAGAGAAACUCCAUGAGGCCGCAUGGCUUCUGACCGUGAAGAGAAAAAAGCGAAAUUGAAACUGCUGGAAUAGACUAGAAAUUGCAAGACAAAUAUCGCUUGGGGAACCCUUAUACAAUUUUUGGAUCAAAGAAACUGCCGAAGCGCAUUAUAAAAACAAACCUGACAAGCUGCAUAUCAACCUCCGCCUACAUUAAUCCUGACCAGUAAAUUGCCGACAACUGACUAAACUGACAUUUUGAAACGCCAAAGGAUGAAUAUAUUCGGUUCACACUAAACCAAACCAAUUCAAAAAUGUUUUUUUAUUUCUUUCAGGCCCCUUCCACACUACGCUAGAUAGAUUUGAAAAUUCAACUCUAUUCUUACAGUUAGGCCUAUGGUUCACACUAAAUCCCUCUGAAAUUUCCCACCGAAUGGAAAACCGAACGAGCAGUCGAAACGCAGCGAUCUACAUCACACUGAGUGACUAAAUCGUUUGAACGCGCAUAAUUGCAUGCACUUCACCACUGUGAACAACCUUCAACCAUUUUCGACAAAAAGACAAAAUGUAAAUGCCUCACCGUCUUAACUUUACUAUUGUUAUAUACAGUUUAUCAAAAGAGAACUUUGUUCACGAUGCAUUCGCGAUCGUCAAGGAAAGAUUAUCGAUGUUUUGUAAUACUGUCAAAGGUAAUUAAGUUACUACUAAGAGGGGACUGACGGUCCUUCGUCCUCUCUUGGAUACGACAACGGCGACGUCGAUGUAAACUUUGCCGUCCGAGCUCAGACAGAGACUAGAGUAAAAGAAAUUACCACCUUUCCGUUUCCGUUCCCAAAUAAACCUUUUUUGUUAAUUCUUUGUCGUCCCUCAGUCAAAUACCAGGUGAAGUUUGCCAUUUCACCUGGUAGUUCACUGAGGGACGACAAAAGAAUUAACAAAAAAGCGUGAGACACUCGCGGGGAUCUUGUUUUGCUCAUUAACCCUAGUGGUUUUUGACGUUCCCGUUCCUGUCGCCGUCGUAUUUUCGUGAGGUCCAUACUUACUUUUAUUGCUUUACCGGCAGAUAACCGCAGGUGUUCUUUUGGUUCUAGAAUGAAAGAGUGAAAAGUUUCGAGUCUAUUCUGAAGCUAUAUACUUUUUUGGCCGGUAAAAGGCACGAAGAACAAGUGUCUAACCCUUAUUAGUUAAAUCCAACAAUUGGUCAAUAAUCAAUCUUGCGUUCUGAUUGGUUGAGCUACUACUAGGCUAUAUUUUAGCCCAGUGCACUAGUAGCGAAAUGCGCCGGCUUUGAAAACCACUAAACAAUGGAGGGUGAAUCGCGUUUCGCUAGCUAAAGUUGUUUUGUCGCGAUAUUUUUGACCAACUAGUUGGAUUUUACUAAAAAAAUUAUUCCUCUCGCCCUCAUGGCCCCUGAAUCAAUAGCCCAUGAGGCCGCUAUUGACUCAGAGCCCAUUCGGGCUCUAGGCGGAAUAAUUGUGAACUAUAGUACAAAAAGUGACCAAUGUAAACUUUCUCCUAACAGUAUCCAUGCAUAAUCAAAGAGAAAUUGAUUUUUAAACAACUUCUCUCUACUAGUUCUUUAGGGAAAUCUAUGGAGACCGAUUAGUCUGGAACUGAUUUGUAUUUAGAUAUUGCGGUUUUGUCAACCUAGUGAGUGCUCUGUACCUACAAAAACGUCCAUCCUUUGGGAAAGAAAUAUUGGAAGCAGUGGCAAAAACGGUUAAUAAUAUGUCCAAAUCAGAACAGAACGAACGUUUAUAAAGUGGUCUUUAGUAGGGGAAUGAAGGAGUUAACGCGAGAGAGUACUAUGAUAUAUUUUUUAAUUUUUUAAGGCUCUUACUUAUAUGGAGUAUGUGUUAUAUAAAUGUACCAAAAAAGAGACAGGAAAGUUAUCAAUAUAUACAGUUCAUUUCAAUAACAAGAGAGAAUGAAUUCUCUCUUGUCUUGUCAAUAAUAAAUGUAAGCAUUUAUACAAUCUGCUCGCUGCCGGCCCUCACUAAUUAGGUGCCUUAUGAGCUAUGGCAUUUGGGGAGGGGUUUUCUUUGAUCACGGUGGUUAUCUGCAGUCUUCUUUAUUGUACUGUUUUCAUUAUGUCAGUCGUUGGUAACUCAUGGAUCAUUGUAGUCACAUACCAAAGAAUAAUCAAGAAAAGAACAUUUAAUCAUUUUACGUGCCUCGUGAUGAAUCUGGCGUUCGCUGAUCUCGUUUUUAUUUUUCUCACAAUUUUCAACUUUGUCAGCUUUUACUCUGAUUGGCCAGGAGGUGAUAGCACUUGCAAAUUUCAUGGGUUUCUUGUAGAGGCAACCUACACAACUUCUAUCUCGACGCUUGUUGUCAUAAGUUAUCAGAGACUGAAGGCUGUGAUUCACCCCUUUGAGGCGAGAUUCUGUCGUUGGACAAGAAUGAAAUACACGAAACUGGCCAUAAUGUGGAGCCUGUGCUUUGCUGUUUGUUUACCUUUGGUCUUCAUAUACCGUGUGGAAACAAGAAACGGCCAAAUUAUUUGUGUUAAUACAACAUUGGGAGAUAUUGGCAGACAAAUUUACUACAGUUUGCAUGGGACACUUUUUUUUGUUGUACCUUUAUUAUAUAUGAAUGUCACACAGAUAAACAUAAAUCGCGCUCUUCUGCGAAGAGUCAAAGCACUACGCAACAGCGUCGCAGAAGAAACUAACAGAAGACACAGGAAAGUUGCCAAAACACUUGCAGCUCUAACUAUAGCAUUUGCAAUAUGUUGGUCACCUUUCAUGAUCACACGUACACUAAUUAACUUUCAUUUAACUUCACCCGGUAUUGCUUGGAGAGCAUCUCAAAUUCUGAUAUGCGUCAAUCCUGUUUUGGAUCCCUUGUUAUACGGCUACUAUGGUGGAAAUCUGAAAACUCGAUUACAAAGAGUUCUGAGGGGUCGUUUUCCACGGCGACGGGCUUAUGAUGUCACAACGGAUAACACGUCGACUGUUUAA